CUCGUCGUCGCCGGCGACGAUGGCGACGGAUUUCUGGGAGAGCUCCCACUACAAGCGCUGGCUUGUGGAUCACGCCACACUGAGGCAGGCGCGCACCGAAGACCUCAAUUAUGUAGAGAACCCCGAGCACAUCGAGUUCCUCUCAAUAUACUUCGCGAACGCGAUUGCCAAGCUAGGCAAGAAAUUGGGCUUUAGGCAGCGCGUGAUAGCAACUGCUACUGUCUUCUUUCGCAGGUUCUACUUGAAGAACUCUUACUGCGAGACGGACCCUUUCAUCGUGAUAGCUGCUUGCUGCUAUGUUGCAGCCAAAGCAGAAGAAUCUCCGGUCCACAUCAAGAAUGUCAUCUCGGAUGCCCGCUCCGUCUUCAGCCACGAUUACUACGGCGUCAAGUACUUCCCCACCGACAACACCAAGCUCGCCGAAAUGGAAUUUUACCUCGUCGACGACCUCGAAUGCGACCUCACCAUCUACCACCCCUACCGCUCCCUCCUCGCCCUCUGCACCAAGGAGUCCGCUGCCCAACUCGAGCACAUCGAGCCCGAGGCCGGCGAGCUCGGCGCCGGCAUCGGUGCCGACGACGGCACGCGCUACUGGGGCACCGGCGAGGGCCGGCUGCAGCUCGCGGAGGGCGCCCUCCAAACCGCCUGGCUCAUCAUAAACGAUACGUACCGCUCGGAGCUGUGCUUGUUGUACCCGCCGCACCUCAUCGCGGUGGCGGCGAUAUACUUGACGCUCGUCUUCCACGGGCCAACGCGCACAGCGCUUGAGCAGCAGCUUAAUCGCGAGGAGCCGCCGCCCAUGCGACGCUCGACGCGGCACCCUGCGCCGCAGGACCCCGUUGCAUUCUUGUCCUCGUUGAACGUCUCUCUACCGACCGUCGCCACGAUCGCGCAGGAGAUCCUCGCCCUCUACCGCUUGUGGAACCGGUACAAGGAGGAUGUCCAUGCCGAUGCGGCCUCAGUAUACAGCUCGCAGAACUACGACACGAAUGCCGCGGACGCGAUCACGCCUACUCAACUGUCGCAAGUCCUUUUGCGAAUGCGGGAGCUCAGAGGCGCAGAUAUAUCACACCCAGCCAGUGGUCGACCCGUGGCUAUCAACAAGAUGCUGGAACGAACCCAGGCAGCAGGAUAGUCCUCGAUUAGCGCGUUAGCGCGCGUGUUGUAUAGUAUGGGUAUGCACUCUUGUACGAUCUCUAUGGGAACCGAAUGGGAACAGAUCAGGGAAGCAAAGUCCUCGCAGCAAUUCCUCUCCAUCUAAUGUCCGUAUCAUUCAAUCGACCGCCAUCGCCAUCUCGUCCUUGAAACCAGCAAUCGCAAAUCCAAGCCGACCCGGCACAGACGGCACAGACUUCUUCGUCUUCUUCUGAGGCAGCGCCCGCUUGACACGCUUGGUCGAGG